AAAGCUCAACCUAAGUAGUUCAGAUUUUCCUUUCAAAAAUAUUCCCAGCUUUAAGCAAACGCAAUUGUUACUCUCUCACACAAAACAUUUAAAUUACUAAUAAAGGCUGCAUCAUGAAUCUGGAGUACUUCAGCGAGGGCCUCGACUACCUGAUGUACUGCGGCAUGAAGCUUUCGCCGGAGCAGCGCAUCCUGAUUGAGAACUCACUGAUCGCCUUGCAGAAUGACAAUCGCUUCUCGGGCAUGUAUUUGUGGGGUCGCAUUACGGCCACCAAAAAUGAUUACUAUAUUGCUUUUGGCUUUACCAACGAUUGCUUGAAGGAUCGCAAGUACUUUUACAGUCUGGAUCAGUUUCAGUGGCAACUAUUGCCCUUUGUCCAAAGCCCCAAUAUAUUUCAGGCAACAAUAUUGGCCAGGGAGCCAUUUAUAGGGGAUCCCAGCAUACAGACCUAUGUUAAGUUGGAUCCCACUUUUAAUAUCGUAGGCAACCAAGUGGCAGGCAUCGGUUGCCCUGAAGUGGUCAAGCUCAAGGAGGAGGAACGCCUGGCGGCCAUAGUAUUUAUAAUCACCGAAGAAUGCGCCAUUUGUCCCCGUGGAGCCUUCUACAAGAUGACCGAUGGCCGCGUGAUACCCAACCAGAUGUUUAGAGGCCUAAACAACCUGCAGAUAGAUAACCAGUCUUAUUACCAGCUGUUCCGUCUGCCCCGCAAUGAUCUCAAAGUGAAUUUGGCCAAGAGGAGCGACUAUAACUAUGCUAUUGACUUUCUGGACACCAUUGACUGCGUCAUUCCGCUGGGCCAGGCCUUUGCCUUGAAUUUGCAAAAAAACGAACGACUGGUGGUGAUCAAGUCCUGCCUUUGGAUGGGCAUGACCUUCUUUCACAAGAUUGACUCCCAUAAGCAUGGAUUCCUCUACUUGGGAGAUGGCAAAAAGAACUUUGAUUUGCUUUUCAUGUAUUAACUUUGACAAUUGAUUAAUAAUUAUGAUUAUUUCCUGCA